AUGGCCCUCAGAGAGCGGGACCCGGCGCCCCUGCUGCUGGGGACCCGUGGGCCAUAUGAACAGUGCUGCGGUGAGUACUCACGCAUGGUCUCUGUGCUGGAGUUUCUUGCCGUGCCUGAAGACCUGUCAUUAGAAGAGAGAGAGGAGCUUGUAGACAUCCGUCGAAGAAAAAAGGAACUCAUUGAUGACAUUGAGCGGCUGAAAUACGAGAUCGCGGAGGUGAUGACCGAGAUCGACAACCUGACGUCGGUGGAGGAGAGCAAAACUACGCAGAGGAACAAGCAGAUAGCCAUGGGCAGGAAGAAGUUCAACAUGGACCCUAAAAAGGGAAUUCAGUUUCUAAUAGAAAAUGACCUGCUGCAGAGUUCCCCAGAGGACGUAGCCCAGUUCCUGUAUAAAGGAGAAGGCCUAAAUAAGACCGUCAUUGGGGACUACCUGGGGGAAAGGGAUGAAUUUAAUAUCAAAGUUCUUCAGGCUUUUGUUGAGCUCCAUGAGUUUGCCGACCUUAACCUCGUACAGGCCUUGAGGCAGUUCCUGUGGAGCUUUCGGCUUCCUGGGGAGGCUCAGAAGAUCGACCGCAUGAUGGAGGCGUUCGCCUCCCGCUACUGCCUGUGCAACCCUGGGGUCUUCCAGUCCACAGACACCUGCUACGUGCUGUCAUUUGCCGUCAUCAUGCUGAACACCAGCCUCCACAACCACAACGUGCGGGACAAGGCCACGGCGGAGCGCUUUGUCGCCAUGAACCGCGGCAUCAAUGAGGGACGGGACCUCCCCGAGGAGCUGCUGAGGAAUUUAUACGAGAGUAUUAAGAAUGAGCCAUUUAAGAUCCCAGAGGACGAUGGGAACGACCUGACCCACACAUUCUUCAACCCCGACCGGGAAGGCUGGCUCCUGAAGCUGGGCGGCCGUGUGAAGACCUGGAAGCGGCGCUGGUUCAUUCUGACCGACAACUGCCUCUACUACUUCGAGUACACGACGGAUAAGGAGCCCCGGGGAAUCAUCCCACUGGAAAACCUCAGCAUCCGAGAGGUGGAGGACCCGCGGAAACCCAACUGUUUUGAGCUUUAUAACCCAAGCCACAAAGGGCAGGUCAUCAAGGCCUGCAAGACGGAAGCCGACGGCCGGGUGGUGGAAGGGAACCACGUGGUGUACCGGAUCUCGGCGCCGACCCCUGAGGAGAAGGACGAGUGGAUCAAGUCCAUCAAAGCGAGUAUCAGUAGGGACCCUUUCUAUGACAUGCUGGCAACGAGGAAGAGGAGGAUUGCCAAUAAAAAGUAAGAGCUUUCCUGGCUCCCCAGGAGGAAGUCAAAACCCAAACCCCAAGCAAAAAGUGACCAAGGGC